AUGGCUUCACACACUAUCGUGAUAUUUCUCUUGCUCUUUGGGUGCGCUGCAGCCGAUGAUGGAGACGACUUCUCCAACAACCUGUUCACAGAUCUCGGCCCUCAGGCCAUGGGAAUUUCCGACUGCAUUAUUCUUUCAAUGGCACCUCUAGGCAUCAUCACCACUAUCGUCGCUGCGAUUAGAGUUGGUGGUCCGUCAUGGCUCAAAGCCUUAAUUGGGCGAGCAACCGAAAAUCUCGCAGCCGCUGAACUAGAGCUCAUGUCCUCUAGCUCUAAAGAGGUGUGCGAGCUCUGGAAUGGCAGAGAUGUAGUUCGUUGCGCAGGAUCGGCUCCUGUUUGGGAAUUCAUAUGCUUGCUGCCCCAGACAGGAGUACCGAAGAAUCCAAAAAUCACCGUGAUGAGUUUGGAAGAAGCGGAAAAAGACCCGUACUUUUACAUAAAGAGAUGUGAAAGCGAGAGGACCUUUCUGGAUAAAAUGCGAGCUUUCUUUUGGGUUAAUAAACAACAUGGGAGUGCAGAAGACGGCAUAAAACAAAAGAUCAAUGCUCAGUCAAAUGAAGUUGUCAUUAUCAGAAAUACUAAACAUGAUGUGCCAAAUAUUUCGCAUAACCGGUAUAAGAAUACUGGUCGAGGCGAACUGCACUUCGCUGCGUGUUUUGGUAUCCUUCUACAAAUCGGUUUCAUUUUGUACUGCGGCUUCAUCUCGAAAUAUUCGAAGCUAACAUCGAAGUUCCAAAAGGAUGAUCAUGCCGUUGCAAGCUAUGCUUUCCCACUUACCAUUAUCGGCUCAGUGGUUUUGAGUAUUGGCAUGUUCAUUUGUUCUCACGUUGUGGAAAGCAGUACCAAAGAAGAAACAUUCCAGCCAGCGGACCAUUGGCGAGUUCGACUAGUAUGGCUACAACAAGAGAAGACUGUCGGCGAUCAAGAGUUCAAGUCCUUUGCUCUUUACACAGGAGAAGACCAGCCAAACAUUAUUACUUCGAGUAGAGCUGAUCAUAAUGAAGAUUCCGAUCACGAGCAACCACAAGGUUCUGAAGGACUAAAAGAUUUUGCAUUCAGAACCGUCUUGGGGACCAUCAUCAGCCUAGUCGGAUAUAUUGCUCAGUUCAUUGGAUUUCGAGGAAUGCAUUGGUCCGUUUCUGUUGCCUCUUUAAUUGCCGUCCUGACAAUGGCCGCUGUGAGGGCAUGGAUUCGUCGCGGGCUGGCAAAGCCCAUGUUCUCCAGGGGCCUUCUUCCAGGAUUUGAACUCGACUGGUUUGCGGAUACCUUGAGAACCAUUGAUGAUGCGCCUUGGUACAAUGAUUUAGAUGGAUCUGCUCAGGAGAAUACCUGCUCCGUGAGCAGAGAAGGCACGUCUGCCAGCCAAGACAAGCCCAUUACAUCGGAUCAUCAGUCUGAGACGGAAGAGUCAUCUAAUUGUGAAGUUCAAGAUUAUACCACAAUGCGCCAAAGCCUUGCAAAACUUGCAGACUGGCGGGGACCUGUUUCACAAGAAGCCAUUGCAGUUACCUUGGCCAUAGAAGCCACUAUGGAUCUGUUGGAUGACAACUUGGACCUUGAGGAAUUUUCUUGGGGCUACAAGAUUCAGGCUGCAUCAUUAAACGAACAAGAGCUGAAAUUCAGGAUAAUUAAACAACCAGACGGCAAAUGGAAAGCAAACGCAGGAGAAAUUGAGGCUGCAUUGUCACUGCGUCUCUUCUAUGUUAAAAGCCAAAAAGAGGCACAAUCAUCAGCCAGAGUCAUCCACAAGUCUGGCAACCCUUCGGAUGAGGACAAAUGGCUACGUGUAAAGGGGGAACUGCCCAAUAUGGGAAUCAGGAUCCUCGGCCCGAAUACAAUGCAGCUACUUCGACAUCUCGACUGGUGGGUACCACCAGAUGGACCGCAAAUUUGGAAAGGCGAGGCAGGAUAUAUUCCUGCUGAAGACGGGCAAGCUGGCAACUUAGGAAAGAACCGGGCCAAUACGAUUGGGAACAUCAUCGCUGGCUCAACCAAAUUUGAAGGCGGCAAAUGGUGGUUCAGCAUAUCAGAAAAAGAAAGUAUGGAUUCAAGUGGUUUACUCUGCACAGAAUCCUUGGACUCAUUGGAAAUCCUGUACGCCAAAGACAUGUUUUCCACGUUCAUGUGGGCCGUAGUGAAAUCACUAAGGCGGCCAGUCGGAGGUAAAACGUACAUCAAAACAUCCCAAGCAAAGUUGGAGAAUAAAGAUUCUUGGAGGCGUUUAAGUCUGGAGAACGAUGACAUAUCCAGAUUAGCCGCCGCCGUCCAGAGCACAGGGCUAUGCAGCACACACGAUGCUCAUAUCAGCAUUAUUUCACCUUUGGGUAUACAAGAGAAACUACCUGAAGUAGAAAGUAUUAUUGAAAUGGUGCGGAACUAUACGGAGCAAUUCGAAGCCCUCCAUUUGUGGGCAGAUGCAGGCCAAGUAUACUUGCGGCUUUGCGACCACUUGGCUGCGUUCUCCGUCAGAAGUUAUACAUAUAUCAGGGCUGUUGCUGUGUUAGCAACGUUUCGAAAAACACUACAAGAGAUGAUCAAGCGGGAAAUGACAGGGGUAUACGAAUCUCGCCUUGAAGAACAGCUAACGAAGGCAAUGGAGAACGUCGACGCAGAGAUUCAGAAUAGUCUAGGCUCACUAUGCGAAUUACAAGACGCCGAUAGAUGGCAAAAAAGCUACCCUCGCGCUGAGCGUUUCUUUUUAUCCAAGAACCAAGAGUCAAUAAUUUCCAAUUCCUUUGACGUAUACAAAGAAAUGAAUCGACAACACCUGAGCAGGCCAGACAAGGAUGACGCGAGAGAAAAAGACAUCUUUGACAGGACAUUUCUUCACUACUGCGCGGCGUUCACUUACCAUCGAGAGAGAUGGUAUGAAAACAAUAACUAUGAAACGGGAACUGAAAUGUUUCUUCAAAAAAUGCGGCGCUGGAUUGAGCAAGGUGUCGACAUUAAUGCGUGCGAUAUUCGCGGAUGGACGCCACUGCACUACGCCUGCUGCUGUCCUGGGAAAACAUGCACUCAGGUGGUUCAACUGCUUCUUGAAAAGGGCGCUUCGGUUGAUGUUCAAGGCCGCGAGGGUACGGCACCAAUUCAUUGCGCGGCAAGGGCAGGUCAUCUAGAGAUGGUCGAAAUGUUGCUGGAGUUUGGAGCCAACAUUGACAUCGCUGACGGGUAUGGGAACACUGCCUUGCACGAGGCAGCAUUGAAUGGAUCUGCUGAAAUUUUCGAAACUCUGUGCAAACGCGGCUGUCAGAAAAGGCGAAAUAAGCAUGGACGAGCAGCUAUUCAUGUUGCAGCGAUGAGAGGAUUAUCAGCGGCAAUCCCUCACGUGGGGGAUUAUGUCAACUCCAAAGACAGCCAGAAGAAGGCACCUCUUUACCUUGCAGUAGAAUUUGGCCACAGAGACUUUGUGCAACAGCUUCUUAAGCUUCCACAGGUCGAAGUAAAUGCUAGAGGCUAUCGGGAUCUUACACCGCUCCAGGUUGCUUGUAAGAAGGGAAACGACGAUAUCAUCGAGAUUCUUCUCGAUGCAGGCGCUGACAUGGAGGCCCGGAGUGACGACGGUAGAACACCCUUGCUUCAUGCAGUGCAGGAUCGGAUGGAAAACACUGUCAAGUUACUC